AUGAAUCAAGGAUAUCAACUCGGAGUUGAUGUCGGUGGUACCUUCACCGACGUAUAUGUUUUCACACCUGACGGUCAGGCCGUACGGACCAAGGUUCCUACCACAAUCCCCGACCAAAGCAUCGGUAUUCAAAACGGCAUCAAGCAAGCCCGCGAAAUCCUCAAAUCCCAAUUCGACUGGGAGGGAAAGUUCCAGUUCAUUCACCAUGGAACGACAACGGGAACCAACGCAGUCCUAGAAGGCAAGGGCGCGAAGACUGCUCUCGUGCUCACAGCUGGCCACAAAGACAUUCUGGCUUUGCGUCGAUCCCAGAUCCCGGGCGGAUUGGGUGCUUGGCUGAACUUUGUACCGCCAGAGCCAAUUGUCCCCUUGGAACGGGUGGUGCAAUGCAAAGAGCGCAUGUCAGUGCAUGGAGAGCCGGUCACAGCUGUAGAUGUUGAGGAUCUGCGGCGGAGCCUGCGAUCGCUGAGCAAGGAAAAUCCCGAAGCUGUGGCCAUCUCCUUGUUGAACUCUCAUAGUAGCAAUGCCCACGAAAGGGUAGUCGAGAAAGUCAUUCGCGAAGAGCUCGGUCCUGAUGUCACUGUUAUCUGUUCGGCCGAUGUUCUGCCAGAAUUGGGUGAAUUCGAGCGCACGGUGACCACAUGCACGAGCGCCUUCCUCAAGCCGGUGGUCCAAAAAUAUCUCUCGAACCUUGUCGACACGCUCGCCGCCGAAAGCGAUAUCAUUCGGGUGCUUAAGAGUGAUGGUGGCUUGACCAGCUUGGCCCUAGCUGGGGAGUUGCCUGUUAACAUUCUCAUGUCUGGUCCAGCUGGAGGUGUUACAGGAGUGGCAGACGUCGUGGCCCGAAGUACUCCAUAUAAGAACCUCAUCACAUUGGAUAUGGGUGGUACUUCCACCGAUUGUGCUCUUAUAUACAACGGCCAGCCUCAGCUUCGACGACAUACAACAAUCGGAAACCUGUCUGUUCGCUCCCCGGCCGUGGAUAUCCAUACUGUCGGAGCAGGGGGCGGGUCAAUUGCAGAAUAUAUGGAGCUCACCAGCACUCUCAGGGUAGGCCCUGAAAGUGCUGGCGCAUCACCGGGACCUGCAUGCUACGGACACGGUGGCACUCAGGCAACAGUCACGGAUGCAAACUUGGUUCUGGGUUAUUUGCCCCAGGCCCUGCUGGGAGGUGACUUUUUGUUGGACAUGAAGGCGGCAGUCAAAUCUGUCGAGGAAAUGUCAUCGCAGAUGGGCCUUCCUGUCUCUCAGGUGGCAGAGGAUAUCAUCGCUCUUACAAAUGAGACAAUUUAUGGAGCCUUGCGUCAGGUUUCCAUGGAGCAGGGCUACGAUCCUCGAGAAUUUGCCCUGGUGGCCUUCGGUGGUGCAGGUCCUCUGCAUGCGAACGCUGUUGGCCAGCUACUUGGAGUGUCGGUGAUCAUCAUUCCUCCCGCGCCUGGAAUGUUAUGCGCGCAGGGAGAUUCUUUCACGAAGAUCAGCCAUGAGAAGUCCGCGACUUUCAUCCGACUAGUGUCCGAAAUUACAUCUGCAGUUGUCAGAGACCAGUACGCCACAUUGGAGAAGCAGGGUCGAGAUACCCUAAGUAAGUCCAUCGGCUCCUCAUGGCCCAUCACCUGGAAAGCGCAGUAUCAGGCCGAUCUGCGGUACAAGGGCCAAGCAUUGACAAUCACCGUCGACCUCGAAGCGGACGAGCUGGCCCUCGAUACUGAGGACUGGCAGCACGUGAUUCGCCAAAAAUUCGACAGCCAGCAUCAACAGCUUUUUACCUACUGUCUGCCGAACUUUGAAUUGGAGUUGAUUCGUCUGGGUGUUAUUCUAGUGGAUGACUCGCCUAUAGUUGACAUCCCACGAAUUGAAAAGGCCGCGUCCAAGGAGCCUGCGCCAGGAUCCAAGGUGGGCGAGCAAACAAUUACGGUGCAGGGCAGCCAGCAAAAGGCUACCGUGUGGGAUCGCACAAAGAUCAGCCAGGAGGGUGUCCAGCUAAAUGGGCCAUGUAUCAUCACGGAGAUGGGCAGUAACACCUUGAUUUUGCCUGGUCACUACGGAGAGAUUGAUAGCAUAGGUAACAUCCUGAUCAAUCCACUCGCCAAGUCCUCUGAUGCAGUCAGCCACACAGUUCAAUCUGCGGCCGACGUUGUCAAGAACACUCCUCUCAUUCCCACGCUGAUCUCCGCAGCCCUCGCUUCUAUCCGAGGCGAGAUGGACAAGAUGAUGUUGCGGUGCAGUAUGUCUCCGGCUAUUCGGGAACAGCAAGACGAGUUCAAUGUUAUCACGAACAGCAAGGGACAGAUGCUUGUUGGCCAAUUUGGCAGCUUUAUUCCUCAGUUUCUUGAGGCUUGGCAUGGUACUAUCGAAGAAGGUGACAUCUUUAUCACCAACGACACCUACCAGGUCCAAGGAGCAGUCAGCCAUCUGAACGAUAUUAUCGUUCUCUUACCAAUCUUCUACGAGCAUAGAAUCAUUGGAUGGGCCUCGCAAUUUGGUCAUCUCACAGAUGUCGGCGGCAGGGUUCCCGGAAGUAUGUCCAUCAACUCCACUUCAGUAUUCGAGGAUGGUGUCCAGAUUCCCUGCCUGAAACUCUACAGCCGCGGCGUCAUGAGCUCGGAUCUGGUAGAUCUGUUGUGCAGAAACUCCCGCCAACCUGACUGGUACCGCUCUGAUCUGAUUGCCAUCGUGGCGGCAUGCUCCAUGGCCUCUAACCGGGUCUCCGAGUUGGCCACGCGCUUCGGAGUCGAGGUCUACCUAGCCGCCUCUGAGGAGUUACUGCAGCGAAACCGCGCCGGACUAGCAAAGAUUAUUGAACGCGAGUUUGACGACAAAGAAUGCACCUUCACUGACUUUGUGGACGAUGAUGGCCACGGCGUCGGACCCUGGGCACUGACCUGCUCCAUGCAAAAGGUUGACGGUCAUCGAAUUUCCUUUGACUGGACUGGCACAAGCCCGCAAGCUCAAUCCUCCGUCAAUUUCUUUCUUUCAGAGACGAUGUUUAAGCUUUUUAUCGGCUUUUAUCUGAUUUAUGCCGCUGCACCAGGCACCGUAAUCAACGACGGCUUCCACGACCUGAUCGACGUCCACAUUCCUGAAGGCAGCGUGUUAAAACCUGUACGGCCAGCCCCCAUUUCAUGCCGCACACACUUGAUGGGUCGUACACUAGAUAUCAUCCAGGCCCUCAUCGGCCAAAAGAACGACGCGUACCAAGCCGCUGCCGGAUUCAGCGACUCGCCGCACUUGUUCUACUCGGGCUUCAAGCCCAACGGCGAAUGGUUCCAGCUCUACCAGAUCGGAUUCGGAGGCGUCCCCGCGCGACAAGCAGGUGACGGACCGGAUUGCCACUGUUUAUUUCCUGCAAUUAAAAAUCAACCAGCCGAAUUUCUGGAGCUCAACUACCCCCUCCGCAUCGAGUCCAACGAAAGCGUCGCCGACAGUGGUGGUCCGGGGUUCUACCGCGGCGGUAACGCGCAGGGCACGAAGUACAGGUUUCUGUGUCGUGGUGAAGUCAGCAUCCAUGAUGAUAGAUGGUUCACCCCGCCCUGGGGAAUCAAGCUUGGUAAGCCAGGUCAGCGAUCCCGCAAAAUCCUCUACCGCUACUCCAUCUCCGCUGAGAACCCACCUGUCGAGAUUCUUCCUUCGAAAUGCGACCAUAUCCGCGUGGACGUUGGCGAUCUGCUCGAAUGGGUGACCUGGGGCGGAGGUGGCUUAGGCGAUCCACUGACGCGGCCAGCCGAAAGGGUUGCUCUUGAGGCCCACCGCAAGCUUGUUACCUUCGACGGAGCCCGGAAUGGGUACGGUGUUGUUGUGAACGACGACUUUACAGUUGAUAAUGCGUCUACUGAGGAGCUGCGGGCAAAGAUGCAUUUGGAGCGUGCUUCGCUGGGCGAGGUCUCUAUUUAUGAUCGUGGCGGAAGUAUUGAGGAGCUGCGGAAGACCUGUCUUGAAGAAACCGGCCUUCGUCCUCCUACGCCUCAGUGGGAAACUGAGCUUUAUGGGCCUCAUAUUGGAAAGGGGUAUGUCAAGGAAUGGUAUGCGAAGAUGAAGGUUCAGAAGGGAUGGAAGCUGGAGUGA